AUGGCUGCUGCUAGCUUUUGUUCAGGAGUCCUUUCUUAUGGAGCAGGUGGAUUUGCUUUACCUUUGCUACAUGUGCUUGAACUUUUUCUCAUGGGCCUUUUUGAUCAAGAACUCCACGAAGUCUUCCUUCCAGGAUUGGGCGUCAAGGCACAACUUCUGGAUAAAGCCAGAUCAAGUGGAGAAUCAGCAGGGUCCUGCACAGUGAAAAGGCGCGACCUCCACAAGCAAGGCACGCUGGCACACUCAAGUUCAGGCUCUUCCACUUCAUCGCGGGCAUGGUCAGGAACUUCAGGCUCUGCAGGACCAGAUUCUGUAGGCUGGGCUUCCUCCAGGGGCCGCUACAUCCUCCCAGCAUGUGCACCCUCAACAUCCACCAAGACAGGUGGGAUUGAAGCUUUGGAGAGCAGCUCAUUGACUUACUUUGAGGACUGA